UGACAUAUUUAGCUGUUAGCAGCUAAGUUAGCUAGCCACUCGCCCGCCAUGUUUGGGGCUGUCCUCGAGCUGCGUACGUAACCUUGCGUCUGACGUCACCCCCCUUAGUAACCCUCUGCGGCGUCUCCAGGAGAGAAGGCAACAAGAUGGGAUUGCUGUCCAUCCUGCGCAAGCUAAAGAGCACACCAGACCAGGAGGUGAGGAUACUGCUGCUGGGUCUGGACAACGGCGGGAAGACCACCCUGCUCAAACAGCUGGCAUCUGAGGACAUCAGCCACAUCACCCCCACACAGGGAUUCAACAUCAAGAGCGUCCAGUCUCAGGGUUUUAAACUGAAUGUUUGGGACAUUGGGGGUCAGAGGAAGAUCAGGCCAUACUGGAGAAACUAUUUUGAAAACACUGACGUGCUGAUUUAUGUCAUUGACAGCGCUGACAGAAAGAGAUUCGAGGAGACGGGACAGGAACUGGCUGAGUUAUUGGACGAAGAGAAGUUGAGCGGCGUUCCGGUGCUGAUCUUUGCAAACAAGCAGGACCUGCUGACGGCUGCCCCGGCCUCCGAGAUCGCGGAGGGUCUCAAUCUGCACACCAUCCGGGAUCGCAUGUGGCAGAUCCAGUCCUGCUCCGCCCUCACUGGUGAGGGGAUUCAGGAGGGCAUGAAUUGGGUCUGCAAGAGCGUGAACUCCAAGAAAAAAUAGCUCCGCUUCUAGUCUUCUGCUUCUCAGGAGGAACAGCAGCAGCAACACAUACACUGACACACAUCGCAGCCUCCUGAGCCUUAGUACGAUGGGAUAUACCUGUGAAUGUAAACACACUACUAAUCCAACAUGGACCUGGAGUUUUUAACCCCCGCAUUCCUGUAUCGCUGAUGUCUACUAACCUCGACACAUCUUCCCACAAAGAGAGAGGGGGGGCGGUUUGACUUGAAAGGAAACAACAUGUCAGGAAAUCGACCUCCUCUGCCCAGACUACCCACGUCACAGCCACCGUCCCAGCCAAUCCACAGCUGCCAUCCACAGCCUGUCACAACCUCAAACAUUCCCAUUAAAACUGCUGUCUUUCAUUGGAAUUCCAGCUUGUUCUUUAAACUCUUUCACACACUGUCCUGGAAACCAGCCCCCCCCCCCCCCCCCCCCCCCCCAAACCUCUCCUCCAUCUUUCCCUCCAUCUUUUUCUCACAGGUUGAUAUGUGUUGUUGUUUUUUAUCAUUCCAUGAUGGCUGUACGCUCUUUUUCCUGCUAUGGCUCUGUUUGAAGUGAGGUAUAUUUUUGUAAUUGUUUUAUUUAUGGUGAAGUAGAGAGUAGAGUGCUUUCAAACAACAACCGGCGUGAUGUGUGUGUGAUUCAAAGGAUGUUGGAGAAACGGUUUCCAGCUCUCCCCACUAAAGAAGAUUACUGUACAUGUUAAUAUGUAUAAAAAAGAAAGAUGAAGUGGUGAAGAGGAACUACAAUUUUUGGAUCCAGUGUAAAUAGCUCGGCCCUGCGGUCACACGUUAUGUCCUGCACAUGUUAUAGAGUACACGUUACCCUGCUGUAGCCUAUAACGUCUGCGUAUCUAACGUGUGUAGAUUUUUAUCAGAGGUAUACGUACUGUACAUCCCAAUGCAUUUCUCUGUGCUUGUUGGGUUUGUGAGGGAAUUCACUCUUUUGGCAUUUCCUUUUGAUAUUCUUGAAUGUAAUCUGUCCAGAAUUGAAGGUACUGUAUGUGAAUAAAAAAAGACGAGAAAUUCAGAAA